AUGGCGCGGGAUAUGGGAUAUCGUAUCUUCAGUAAGAUCGUCCAUAACGAUGCCAUGAAACAAGAUCCCCCGGAGAUUUACGGAUGGAGAGCAUUCUUUCUUGCACUUUCGUCCGGUUUCGGUGCGAUGUUGUUUGGAAUGGACAGUUCCAUUAUUUCUGGUGUUGUAGUUCUACCUGCUUUCAAAUCACGCUUUGGCCUUGAUGGUGCCGCAAACGCAGCCGCACUUGCAAAUUUGCAGGCCAACAUUGUCUCAACCCUUCAGGCAGGAUGCUUUGCCGGAGCAAUCAUUGCGGGGUUUAUGGCAGACAAGAUCGGUCGGAAGUGGUCACUCCUGGUGUCCGGAGCCGUCGUGAUGGUCGGGGUUUUGCUUCAAUUCAAUGCUUGGGGUCAUCUUGCGGCACUCUAUGUUGGCCGCUUCGUGGCAGGCCUGGGAGUCGGCUCCUGUUCAGUCGUCACUCCUCUUUACACCUCUGAGAAUGUUCCCCGCGCUAUCAGAGGUCUUCUGACUGGCACCUACCAAUUCUUCAUUGUACUUGGUGGAAUGCUAGCAUACUGGAUCAACUAUGGAGCCAGCCUUCACCUUCCUGGAGACAGCUCCUGGGUCGUACCUCUUGCUGUCCAAGGGAUUCCAGCUGUCUUGCUACUGAUCUGCAUGUCAUUCUGCAACGAAUCACCCCGUUGGCUUGCGAAACAAGAUCGAUGGGAAGAAGCCAAGGCCGUUCUAUCCAAAGUUCGAAUGCUACCUGCUAGCCACGAGUAUGUGGAGGCUGAAUUUGGUGAAAUGGUGACUCAGUUGGAGAACGAAAGAGCUCUCAUGCAAGGUGCUGGUUUUAUGGAUCUGAUGAGGGAGAUGUGGCUCAUUCCCGGCAAUAGACGUCGCGCUAUUACCGUUGUCGUCUUGAUGAUCUGUCAGCAAAUGACAGGUACCAAUGCGAUCAACAAUUACGCACCUCUUAUCUUCGCUAAUCUUGGUAUUAGUGGCCACAAUACUGGUCUUUUCGCUACGGGUAUAUAUGGAAUUGUGAAGUGCAUCAGCUGCGCUAUCUUCCUUUUAUUCCUUGCAGACACACUAGGACGACGUCGAUCUCUUCUUUGGACUGCAAUCGGGCAGGGUUGCUGCAUGCUGUUUAUUGGACUUUACAUCCGCAUCUCCCCUCCUGUGAAAGGCGACCCAGUUCCUCCUGUUGGAUACGUGGCAUUGGUUUGCAUUUUUCUCUUUGCCGCAUUCUUCCAAUUCGGAUGGGGCCCGGUCUGCUGGAUUUACUCAUCGGAGAUUCCGACACUUCGACUUCGCGCAUUGACUGUCGCCUUGGCCGCGGCUACGCAGUGGCUUUUCAACUUUGUCGUUGCUCGAUCCGUUCCAGUCAUGUUGGUCACUGUUGGGGCAAACGGUUAUGGCACCUACAUGAUUUUCUGCUCGUUUGCUUUCACGAUGUUCAUCUUUGUAUGGUUCUUCAUCCCGGAAACUAAAGGACUUUCCCUUGAAGCCAUGGACGCACUCUUUGGCGUUGUCCCACAUGAUGAGCUAGCCCUAGAGCGUGGACAACUCGGUGCGGUGAAGAACUUUCGCAAAAGCGUCGAAAAAGAUGUGGAGGUCGAGGAAGUAGAGAAGCAUACUUAA